GAAGAGGGGUGAGGAAGAAACAAGGGGCUCAUAGAGAGUGCACUGUUGGAGCGCAGAAAAGCAGACCAGCGUAGGUAGAGCAUCCGUCAAACACUAGGUUAAAACAAAGUGAAACAGUCAGCGAGAGCUUCAAAAGCAAGCAAGAGGUGUGGAACAGCAGAUUGUUGGGACUGUCAGGGCAACAGGAGCGUGUGGUAGCCACGAAGAAGAGAGCAGCCAAGCCUGAGGAGAUGCUGUGAGGAGGAAAAGCCAAGUGAUGGAGCUUAAAGCAGCCAGCAGGCGAGCACAAUUACUCAGAAUGGAUGAUCAGGACAGGGUAAGCCAAGCAUCCAGUGUGGCCACAAUUUCAUACUUUCCUGUCACAAAGCAGGAAAGCGAUGGAAAAGUACAAGCAUUUGGGAAAAGAUGUCAGGCUGCCAAAAGAGACCCCAACUGCCCUGUCGUCAUCAGAGGAUGGCUCAACAAAAAAGAUAGCUCUGGUUUGAAGCUUUGGAAGAGAAGAUGGUUUGUCCUCUCAAACUACUGUCUGUAUUACUAUAAAGACAGUAGAGAGGAAUCUGUGCUGGGAAGCAUCCCGCUACCAAGCUACAAAAUCCUGUUCUGCACACCACGGGAAUGCAAGAACAGAAAGUUUACCUUCAAGGUGGUACACCAGGGAAUGCGUGCCUAUUUCUUCAGUGCUGAUACUCAGGAGGAUAUGUUGGGUUGGGUUCGAGCCCUCAGCCAGUCCGCAGCAAUGGAGCCAGACAGCUCCAUGAACAGACGUUGCUCAAGUUAUCAGGAUUUUACUCAGAUUGGAGCCAGCAGUGAGACAGAGGCCUCUGAAGAAGGGAGUCCCUCCCAACACCACAAGCACGUCAGCAGGACCCUGAGUGAACCGAGCCACCUCAGCGGUGGAAGGAUGGGGAGGUCACACUCGGAGCAGAGGGGCAGACACAGUGUUCAUCACAGAAACAGAAGCCCCUCAAACAGAACUCCAAGCCCCGUUGAUUUAAGAAGAAGAGCUGUUGCUCCACACAAAGAGGAGGACUCUCUUCCUGGUGACGACACAUCACCACAAGCAGGUUCUUUAACCUCGAGAGGACAGCUCGGGUCGCGACCUCAUACGCCAGUGGGAAGGGUUGACAUUCGACCUCUUGAUGACCCAGCCAUGAUGCAGCAGACCCUGUACUACACACCUGCUUCACCAAAGCUGGAGUUCAAAUCUGCUCCUACAACUCCAGUCACAGAACGGUGGCAAAGCCUCAGCAAGCCUGCACCUAUAUACGGUUCUGUCCAUCACACACCAAGUGGACGAAGACCUUUGGGAAAGAGUCACUCUACCGGGGCAGACUUGCUCCCCCCUUUACCCCCCUCAUCGAGAACUGCACACGCCCCCCACCCCCCACAACACCACCACCAACGCAGCCAUGUAUCUGUUUGCGCGCUACCGCCGCCUAUGGCCUCCAGACCUGACCCAAGAGAACUGCCUCCAAUCCGGCCUCUUGAAAGCGAUGCAGAUGCCGUGCUGACGAGGUUGUGUGGGUGUGACAAGCUGCUCCAGUCUCUGUCUCUGGAACUGGCUCAACUACAACUGGAUAAGGACACUGUCCACUCUGCAUUAGAAGUGUCAAGAAUGCAGGUGGACGAGUGGAGGAGCCAGGGGCCCCGGGCCCACGAAGACGCACUGAGCCAGAAGGCUUUGCUGCAAGAGGAGCUGGUGACGAUCCGGGCCAGGAUGUGUGACGUAUCACUGGAAAUGGAGCAGGUAUGGAGCCAGUAUGAGAGAAUGGAGAGUGAACUGUCUGUGAUCCGGUCACACCUUCAACACAUCUGUAACUUUGGAUUGCCACAGGAACAGUCUCAGGCUCAGAGAGAGCUGUGGAUGAUGGAGGACAUCCUUGCCGGACUGAGGCCCAAUCGAGACCACAUCUGCCUCCUGCUGGGACUACAAAGACACCACAUGUUCCAGUCCCCAGCUCCACAUCCUGGAUCUCCUGGUUCUCCAACAGAGAGGCUGCAGAGUGGGCUGCCAGUGUCCUUGCAGGACAUGGAGCAAGUGCCCCCAAUCCGCCCACCGCUGCCCCUGGAGCUUCAGGAGAACCAUGUGAGCAUGGACCAGGGCCAUGGCUGGACAGAGGCACUGUAUGAGGGAAUCUACAACUACGGAGCUGAAUGUGUACACAUAAGAGGAAGCAGCCAGCCUGACCUCCUUAACGUGAAAGCACAAAGAGAUGCAUCCGAACCCCAAUAUAGUUCAAAGUGGGUCCCACCAGACACAACCAGCCAAUCAACCAAGAGGAUGAAAAUGAGUGAAGAGGAGCAGAUUGAGAGGAUGAAGAGAAAUCAGGAGAGGUUAACUAAUAAGAAGAAACCUCCAGUGCCUCCUCAGGAUGCUCAAAGUCAAAAUUCAGAAAAAAGAGAGGAGCCUCCUUUCCCCUUAAGGGUGACACGGGUUGUUACAGCAGUACUACCCUCAUCUCUUGUGGCAAGAAGAGUUUCCGUUGAGGAUCCUCCAGCUGAGCUCAAUACUCAGUUGCCUGAGCAGAUUCCUUCUGAGAUGCAGCAAAAUAUGGCAGAGCAGAGCAAAAAACUGCUGAACAAACCAGCCAGGAGAUUGGUGUUGGAGAGCCCCGAUCUGAGCCGCUCAUCCGCUGAGGCGCACCGAGAUCAUCCUGUUAAAAAGUCCAGCAGACAGCAACAUCACGGAGGAUCCAAGGCCUCCAGGAUGGAUUCACUGCUAGAAGUGAACAAACAGGAGGGAGUGGAUGCAUCAAGCAAUCAAGUUCAAGACCUAACUGGCUUAGGACACGGAAGUGAAGCCUUGCAUGUUAUGGCAGAGGAACAGUCUUCUUUGCUUCUUACGACUGAAAUGGACCCCGACUUCAGUCUAAGUCCUGAGCAAAGAGAUGCCAAGCUCCGACGAGUGGAACGAAUACGAGAAAGAGUCAUGCGGAGUGCAGUCAGAGAGAGUGCUACUACAGACAGUCAACAACCAAUCAAGGGACAGGGGAAGGAGGCUCACCAGGUUCCCCAAAGGAUAAAAGAAGGCCAUGAUGGCAGUGAAAGGUGCUUGGAUAACUUGAGCAGUUGUGCAGAACUUCAACUUUCCGGUGCAACAUCUGAGGAGAAAGAGGGACGUCAACAUGUUAGCAAAUCAAAAAGUCAGGCCAAGUUUGGGUACAGAACACAGCACAGUGGAAGAGCAGGGAUUACCAAGACAAAACUCAAACACCAGGCUUCACCAUUUCAUAUCUCAUCCAUGACUGUGUACCAGGAGGAAGGAGGCAAAGGCUUUACAGGCUACAAUGACGAUGAGCAGAAACAUCUUGAAAGACAAGCUGCUGGUGACACAGAAAAGAAUGCCAAGUCGUGUGAUUUGAAAGCUAAGUGGUUCCUCUCCACCGACCAGUGGCAAGAGUUCAUACCUCUGCAGAUUCCCAACUUGGACACACCGUUGAAUGAGAAAACAGCAGACGACGACAGUCAGCAACAUUGCUCUGAUGACUCCAACGGAAUGUCCUCAACAGUGAGUGAAAGCUUGGAGAAAAUGAAAGAAAACCAUUCACUUUUCUAUAAGAUUGCAUGCGAUAUCAGUAUUUCAGACUCAGACAUAACGAAGAACGAUGCUCCAACAUCAUCUAGACCGGAAGAGGAAAAAGCUCUGAUGGUCGAAGCAACCAGUAUUCCAUCUGAGCAAGAGGACAAGGAUUCCAGUCAGCAAGCAUCAACAGAUAAAAAGAGUGUAACAUCUGAAAAAAGACACAAAGACGUAACAGUGGAAACCCAGCACAGUCUCAAUGAGUUCAAGAAUUCAGUGAAGCUGACAUCUGUUCAAGAAGAAAUAACUCCAAAAGAUUGUGGGGGAAACUCAAGAGGGUCGGGAGAGCCCCUGAGAGGUGGAGAUGCUCUUACUGGAGCUCAUCUCGGGGAUAUUGAUUCUCAUCAGAGGCUGGAUGAUUGUGCAGAGGCAAAAGAAGAAAAGAGAGAGAUGAAAAAUUCAGAUCCCAGGAAAGCGGACCAAGAGAGGUCUGAAGAAGUGAAGAAUUGUACAAGUUUAACAAAGGUGAGAAAUGGGAACGAGCAAGAACAAGACAACAAACAGUCUAACAGUUUAUCCCGUUCUGCUCACCAGGGUGGAGCUCUGAUUCGGAGCGCGUCUUUUGGGAAGCCAAGAGUCACAGUAAUCAGGACAAGUUUGUAGAACGGUGACAAUUUAAAGAGCUUAAGUGAACGAACUUCGGAGAAAAAAGAACACCAAGUGAUCACUGAAAAAUAACUAGAGCAAGACAUUGACUGAGUUUGGGGCUAAUUUUGAGUUCUAUAUUGUAAAAUGGGAACAUCAGAACAAGAGAUAUAUUCCUUUGUAAGCUUGAACAUUUCCAUUUUUCCAGAAUAUAGGGCUGGACACUGAUAUAAAGUCUUAAUGGCUCCGCAAAAACAAAGCUAUUCAAGUAAACUGUUAUCCUUUCAGCUGAUGUUAAACACCAAAUACCUUAUGCAUGGGUGCCUCAAAUACACACCCAUUAUUCAGGGCUAACACUUUCAUUCCGUUUCAAAUUACACAUUCAAUAUAACACAGGAAUGACAAAUUGUGGCUGCUUUUACUUGGCAAUGUAACCCUGUUGUUUUCACUGUAACAUGUUGUUAAUUUUUAUUUGUCGGUAUCUCUGAUGUCCUGAUUAAUAAACAAACCGUGUGCUGCAUGAUGGCA